GUCACAAGGGCAAACAUUUCAUGACGGUUUUUUUUGUUUGUUUCAAGCUGGGCUGGUGAGAGGCUCACCAAACAAUUCUGGUAAUGUUUUAUUCCACUUGAAGAAUUUUUGUUUGCAUUGGUGCAAAGCUUCGUGCAAUUACUCGUCUGCAAAUUGGAGCGUUGAAGUGUUUUUGUUGGGAAGGUGUUGUUUUUGCUUAACAGAUGGUAAUGUCCACUAACGAUAGAUACAGUGUGUGCGUGAGUGUGUAUGCGUUGUUCGAAGGUUUUCAGGUAUAUUUUUGUUUUCUUCUUCAACCAGAAAAAAUGUGAAUAAAAAUAACGCGUGAAAGUGUACCGAAACGGCCGGAAAAUGUCAUCCGUUUGGCCGUCACGACGCCACGGUCCUUCAGACGUCCCAGUAGUAGACAACAGCCGCAGGAAAAGAUACCAAGCAGAAGCAACCGAAAGCAGUAGCAGCAGCACCUCUGCAGUGUAGUGAAAUGUGGUAAAAAGUGGUGAAAGGCAAUGUUUGCGAAACAAGCGAGCUAGAUUGUGUUUCACGGUGGUAGUCAGCGCGACUCAGUGCCAUUUUUUCCGGCAAGUUGUCGGUCAUUGUUAGCACAAAAACCUGCCUCACGGUGAUCGAUUGUAUUUGUGUCGUGCGCGCCAGGUUCGCGAGUGUGUAUAUUUAUGAGUAAGUGUUCGGGGGUGCUGGGGUGCCGGUACGUGGUGUGCUUUUUAGUUUUGCUGGUUGCCCCUCGUGGGGAAGGAAUGGUAAAUUGGCAUUUUUGGAGCGUGUGCGGCAUUAGUUAUUUUCGGUGGAGUGAAUAAAAAAUAAACCAACACAAAAACGCAACAUCCAUAUUUCGGACGAGCGCUCGGACGGACGGAUGGGUUGUUUGCAAUAACGUGUAGUGAAGGAGGGAGAGAGAGUGCGCGAAAGGGAACACGCUAGAGAAGACAGCGAGAGCAAUUGUAGCGCAGUGUUUCAUCGACUGCUGCCCAGCAUAGCUUCAAACCCAACGUGCAGGGGAAAACUUCAAACCGAAACCAUUGCACUUGCGAAUGGUACGUACUGCAUACCCUACAGCAACAAAUAACCGUUUUAAACACACAAAAGAAAUAACUUGUGCAAACAAACGCUGCCGGGGCAUCCAUUAUGUGCUUAAAAACGAUGCGAACUGAUUAAUGCGAAACAUUGUUUUCCGCACUGUGUAACUUUCGCAUUUUCCACGUCCCUACCAUCGUCCAAUCGACCCAAACCGGUGACUCGAGGAGCGCAGUCUGCAUUCAACAUUACCGCCAGGCUAUUGCAAACCAUUCCAGCCAUAUCGCUCAAGAUGUGUACGAGUGUACAUAGAAGUAGCAGAAAAUUAAUGAUCAUCAAAUCAAAGAUGAAGUGUCACUGAGCGGCGUUCAAAGCGAGCGGUUCGCUGCCACUGUCAAUCAAAUGGAAUACCUUUGCGUUGGAGAGCUACCGUGAGUGAUAAAAAGUGUGUGUAAGAGAGUGAGAAAGAAAUAGAGCGAGAGAGAUAGGGAGACAGGGAUAUUCUUUUGUACGACAACAGAAGCAAGUGUGGGCCAGCAGCGAACAAGUGGAGUAGCAAGUGAGACAAGUGAAGUCGCCGAACCCGACCCGGAACUGCGACACGGGUCCUGUGCUGCGUAGCGUCCCGUUAACUGUAUGAUGAAUCCUUCCAACGAUGACACGACGAACUACAUGGUCUCAUCCUCAUCGUCAUCCUCGCACCUGCAGUCGGCCGCUGCCCUGCUCGCCUCCACGUUCGGGCUCGCCGACGGGACCGUCCUCUACAACCACAGUGUGCGCGACCGGGGAGACGCUGGCGCACUGGCGGCGGCAUCGGCGGCGUCAGUGGCAGGCACCGGGGGGCUCGAGAGCGCCACCGCCGGCGGGGACACGCUGUCCGUGUUCGAUGCGUCCGGCAGCAGCAUAAUGUUGCAGGGCUUCUCGUCCACCGCACCCAUCGGCGGCACGAUCGAGACGGUCGGGGCGAACGAAUCGAUCGUCGACGGGGGGAUCGACGCCGGUGGUGGCGAAUGGAUCGACGUGGUGCUGCUGGUGCUGAAGGCUUCCAUCAUGAUGUUCAUCAUCGUCGCUGCCAUCUUCGGCAAUCUGCUCGUCAUCAUCUCGGUUAAGCGCCAUAGGAAGCUAAGGGUUAUCACAAACUAUUUCGUCGUAUCGCUCGCCAUGGCUGACAUCAUGGUGGCGAUGAUGGCCAUGACAUUCAACUUUAGCGUACAAAUAACGGGAAGCUGGAAAUUUGGGUCGUUCAUGUGUGACGUGUGGAACAGCCUAGAUGUCUACUUCUCCACAGCCAGUAUACUUCAUCUUUGCUGUAUUUCAGUGGAUAGAUAUUACGCCAUAGUGAAACCACUUAAGUAUCCCAUAAGUAUGACGAAGCGAGUUGUAGCGAUAAUGUUAUUAAAUACAUGGAUAUCACCAGCGCUGUUGUCAUUCGUGCCAAUCUUUGCCGGUUGGUACACUACAGAAAAGCACAAGCAGGAGGUGCUCGAUAACCCGGACAGCUGCCUGUUCAUUGUCAACAAACCGUACGCGGUCAUCUCGAGCUCCAUCUCGUUCUUCAUCCCGUGCACAAUCAUGGUGUUCACGUACUUCCAGAUAUUCCGUGAGGCCAACCGACAGGAGAAGCAGCUGGCCCUCCGCCAGGGCACUGCCAUGCUGAUGCACCAGCACAAUACGGGCGGGGGCGUUGGUGGUGGUGGCAGCGGCGGCGGCACCAAUGGCGAGGCGCUCAGUGGCAGCGGUUCCUCCAAGACGCUCACGCUGCACGAGGUGGACGCGGAGCAGACGCCGACCAAGGAUCGGCAUCUGAUAAAGAUGAAGCGAGAGCACAAGGCUGCCCGGACGCUUGGCAUCAUUAUGGGAACGUUCAUACUGUGCUGGCUUCCGUUUUUCCUCUGGUACAUCAUCACGUCGCUGUGUGACCGGUGCCCCAAUCCGGACAUUGUCGUUGCGCUGGUCUUCUGGAUCGGGUACUUCAACUCGACGCUCAACCCGCUCAUCUACGCCUACUUCAACCGGGACUUCCGGGAAGCGUUCCGGAACACGCUCGACUGCAUGUUCUGUGCCUGGUGGCGCCGGGAAACGUCUCCGCUGGACAUCAACGUUCGGCGGGCGAGCCUCCGGUACGACUGCCGGGCGAAGAGCGUCUACUCCGAGAGCUACCUGCGGCCCUCGUCCCAGACCGAUCGGUUCCACAGCGAGAUCGGCGAAAGUCUGUAACGGCGGUACGAUGACGUCGAUGCUGAGGCCACCGAGUGUACCCGUUUGUUCUGAGCGCUGCCGAGCGAGAUCUGCCCGACCGCGUCCAGACACCAGCCAGCCGUGCGGCACUGUUGUUUGCAAUACAUGCCAAAGAAGACUAGACCCCCGGACAAAAGGUACGCCGCAUGGUAAGCCGUUUGCAGCCCAGCAGAAAGGGGAGCCAGCCGUCACAAGCAGUCGUUACCAAGUGAUACGUUACUAUCUUGUUUUUGUUACUGUACACUAUAUAGCUGUUAAGAGUUUGUAAUGCGUCGGAUUCUAUUGCUUGGUUAUGUAUUUAUUACCUUUUAGCGGAUAGUUUAUUGUGCCGUUCAUCGAGGUCGAAGUCUGUUUAGUUGCGUAGUUGUUUUCUUCUUCUUCUGUUACUAGUUAUUAGCUACUGUUACGAGACCAGUCGUGGUCUUGACUGUUACCUAUGCCUAUGUUGACAAAAAAUUUGUAAGUUGUAAGAAAUGCGUACAGUUAAAUGACUUUAAACCGAUGCCCUUACCCUUGAACAAACAUGUCCAGCUAUGAGAUUCGUUAUUGAGAACGCUUUGCCCUUACUCGUGACGACAUACCGUCAAAUGUGUGAUCUGACUUUGCUCUACUAUCUGUUGACGCUAUUUCCCCCAAUAGUGACUUUCUGCUUGCGUCCAGCCAACCAAAACUUCCCAAAAUUAGCUCCUACUCAAGUGUGAAUCUUUAACGCCAGUAGACACAAAAAACAACAACAAACAGCUCACAGUGCCCUUUUGCCCAUCUGUCAAGCCAAAAGGGCAUAGUGCGAAUGUACGCACACGGAAUGUAGGCAGAUAGGUGCUUUUAUUAAUAGCAAGCGCAUUGGACAUUGGCCCUUUCCUAUCCCCCAACCUACGCCACCUAUAUCGCGCUGCCGAAUCGCUGCCAGUUUUAUCCAACCCGUGUAUGUGUGUGUGAGUGUAUGCUACAUUUACCGCACGAACCGCGAACCGUGCUGCUAAUGAUCUGUACAGUGCAGGGCUAAGCUGUGGUAUGCGCUCCCACGCCUCUCGAAGGUGCUCGAAAGUGCAACGAAUCUUGGUGUAGAAAUGGCCAUAAAAAUCUCACUACAAAUGUCCCACAAUGGAAAGGCAAGUGGAAAUGUGAACCGGCAGACAGGUGGGAUAUAUCGUAUAGCAGUAAGAUCAAUUUAUCACCAAACAUUCAUACGUACCAGCGGGCAGUGGACUCUGAAAUACAUUCUUCAAAAUACACAUAAACGCACACACACACACAUGCAGAGCGUAUAACACUAUUCAAUGCGGGUAUUUGUUUGUAAGAAUUCGUAGAUUGUACUUCAGACACCGUUGUGUAGAGUAGCAAAAGGGAUAGAAUCAGAAGAGUAUUAGAGAAAAGCGAAUAAAAAAUAAAUAAAUAAAUAAAUACAUCCACAGAAUGACAACAAGCCAGUGAUCGGAAAUGAAUGUUAAUAUUUAGCAUCAAAAACGAUAGUAGACACAUUUUGCAAUGAAUCCAUGUAGCCAAGUGGUAGUGGAAUGAUAGUCUCAUAGCGAUUUAAAACAAAGAAGCAAGGCAAAUAAUGAUAUAACAUAAUAGUUUGGUCUGAUAAGUGUGUGCGCGUGUGUUAUAAGUGGACAAUGAACUGAGGAAGAAUUAGAAAACAAAACGGAAGUAAACAUACCAUUAUGUUCAAUGAAGGAAAAAUACAAUAAGCAACACAUGAUAUGUAUUACAAAGUGAAGUAGUGAAAUGGAAACAGAAAAUCAUAUUUCACAAAAGCCGUAAUGGACAUGAAAGAAUGAACGAGAUGAAAGGGAGAUUAAAUAAUGAGUAGCAACUAUGGAAGCGGCAAAAAAGUGAGAUGCUAAAAAUGCACAAAAUGGUGACACUAGAUUCAGUGGUGGACCCUGGAACCACUGAGCACAAGCAGGCAUCUCGCGUAGAAAAAAAGCAGAUAUUCAUCAAAAAAGAAAGGUACGUUGCUUGUAUGUUUUAUUAAUCUUUACGCUUAAUUAUUACCCCUCCCGAAACGGUUCGGUUCACCGAAGGUUGACGGCAUGCCAAGAAUCAAUGCUGCAUCUUGUGCUUCCAAUUUCUAAACCGCACCCUGGUACACACUGUUGGGCUCGGGUGGGGGGUGAAUUUUGUCCAACAACGUUCCUAUCCUUUACGCUGGCGAUGAUUGAUGAUCGCGCAGAUUACACCCACGUCGUGUUCAACGGCGACCUGCUUUCCGAUUGGCUCGCACGGUGCAACGAUGCAACAGAUGGGACGAUGCGAACGCAUUCCAUCCCACGGUAGAAGCAGCAGCAGCUGCCUUUCCCAGCUAAAGACAAGCUGUUUCGCCUGUCGAAAGGAGACGGUUGGACGAAUUAAUUGACAUCGACAUGGACGAAAACGGUACCAGAGCGCUAAAUCAGCCCCGUGACCGGCUCGAACUGCUGCCCUGUGCGGUGGGACGAGCGCUUGCAUGUAAUGGCAAUGAAAUACAGAUCAACAUCUCAUCGUUGGCUACUUGGAACGGUGUCAUUUUGGGUAGGGAGUGCCGCAAUCUCGUCGAAGCUUUCUGCUGAACGCUUGCAGACGCACCCUAACGUUGCAUCAUAGUCUUGCGAGCAACCGGAGGCUAAGCACACCGUUUGUUUGCUUGUAAUUGCCAGCGGGUUCAUGUACUUCGGCUGUAAUUUACAUACCGAUUUCCGUACGAUGCAGCUGUGAUGCUGAUGUUGGCACACGGUUGCGGGGGCGAAAGCAUCGGUCGCGUUCAAUUUACGGCUCAACGGGAAAUUGCCAAAAACUGAUUCCGAUGCGUUACAGCAAACAGUGGAGCUGUGAUUGAAGCAGGAUUCACGCAAGUAUCGGCACCGUGCUGAAAGGAUUGAAUUUUGAAACAUAUCAACUGAACGCUGAAAUCACAACAUCCAACCAAACAUUGGUUGCGAAUGGGUCAAAUUUUCAACGCAUCGAUAUGCUUGUUGUGAAAUGCAGAUGCUAAUUGCAACUUUCAACUGACAUCGAUGUGCCGUUGAGUGAGCAUACUGUCGGCGAGUUCCAGCAAAGUCCUUUGUUGCUGCUUCCCAAACGUAAAUUCUUUGUUCUAUAGCCAGUCAGUGGGCCAACGUAAAACGUGAAACAAAAUGAACCAAAAGUGAAGAUAGAAGAAAAGGCGAGAAAACUAAAUUCAAUAAUAAAAGGAAAACAUACCACCGGCUAGAAAGCGAUGCACUUGUCUUGGAAGUGCAUUACUGGCAACUCGGGAGGUAACGCAGCACACCAACCAGCAAGUGCAUCGCUCGACGGCACAUCUUGAUCGUACAUGCCGGUACGAUGUAAAGCGAUAAGUGUUGGAAUAAUACAGAAAAGCAAUAUUAAGUGUACUAUAAAGUAAAGCAAAAGUGGCACCCCUAGCCUGUUAAGCGUACUCCUUUGAGCCAUUCCGCAUUUGAUAGCUAUCAUGCCAUGACGUAGUGGACCGAAGAGCAAAUCGUUGGGUUUGAUAAAACAAUGUAGGAAUUGUAGAGUGAAAGAAAAUAGCUUCCGGUAGGAACAUUUCAUUGUUCGACCGAUGAAAAGAUGUAUAUAAUCGAUGUGAACUCGUUCCGAUUCAUUUACACUGAAGCGAAGCGAACUAUAGGUCAGAUGUAGUGCUUCUUGUAUCGUCCAUUUUCCUAUUGCGAUUUUUUAGUGUACGUUGCAUCGCUAGCAGUAGAGAUUUGGCAUGAGCAAAUUAUGCAAAACAUUUGCUGAAUUCUAUUAUUUAUAUUGCGUUUGAUGUACAAUUCCUACGGUGCAUGGUAAUGGAUCGGUCAACUCCGCGAUGUACGUGGUACUACAUCACAUAUCAAAGUAGCUACAUUGUGUGUAGGGCUUUCGAGGAACGAUGUAUUGUGAAAUCAUUACUUUGAUUUCUAACGAAUUCUUAUGAAGAGCGGUUUGACUGGCAGUCUUCUAGAAUGAGCAAAACACUGAAGUACGAAAUAUGCUGUCUUGAAUAGUUUAAUCGUGCUGUGUUCUGAAAACGAAACACGUGUAUCGUUACUGGAACUGAAAGUCAUUUUAGCUCUUUUUUAUAUCCUACAGACAGUAGCAUCGAACAUAGAUGACAACAUAGCAUCCAUCACACACACUCACAUAUACAUACUUCUCCUCUAAAAGAAAUAGAUGUUUCCAACAUUUGUUGGAGUUUCGUUCACAUUACGAUGUGCGACUGUAUUCCAAACGAAGCAACAGCUUGUCUCAUUUAUUCGUUCCGUUGAGUUCACCCGUAGAGUGUAGAAAACCUACCAAACAUCGUUUGUAAAUGUGUUUGCAUGCAUGUGCACCAAUGCAAAUGCAACCAAACCCAACCUUCAAAGUGUGCUGUUAACAGAGAAUAUGCUCGGAUGCUUCCGCACGGGGAUACUGGCUCUACAAUUUGACUCUUGACCGAACGGCAUAGGGAUUAAUGCGCGCGGGCGUGUACGCGACGGGGAGCGAAUGGGGUGACGUGUAUGCGUGUGGCAGUGGCCGCCACUCUGCCAUCAAGCAGUGGCCACUGGAGUGCGUGUGAGUGUAGCUCGUUGUAAAAUACUCGGAAGCGGAAGAGCAAACAAUCAGAAUGAUCGUGCUAGGUGGGGCGCGGUGGAGAUGGAAAACUAUUCAUCAUAAAUGCAAAUAUAGAGAUAAAUCGGAUGAAACCAUCCAAUUCUAAACCGUUCCGUUUUCUUCCGGAUGUGUGUGUGUGUGUACGAGUGAGUGUGAGUAUCUCCUUUGCAGCGUGUUACCAUGCGCCAGAAAACACCGAAUACACGUAAACUAAAGAUAGUAAUAAAAAUUUCGUAAAAACGUAAACAUUUCGCAUGCAAUCUACACACAGCAACGGAGCGCCUGGACGAUACGGCACAGGUAAAUGGGGUGGCAUCACACUGAGUGCGUUGCUGAGAGAGAGAGAGACAGAGAUGGUAACAUUAGCGAGAAAGCAGGGGAAAAAGGAGCGAAACUAAAGAAAAUAGAUAAAGGUGUUCAAAUGCACGCAAAAGAUAAAAGAGCGUUCAUCGAAGAUGCUUGAGCUAAGAGUGUUCCGUUUCCACUUCCUCCUUGCCCCAACGCUCCUCAUUGACGGUGAGCGAGCUCGGAGUGAAAGAAGCUGGCCACAUGCUUGAUGUGUAUCUCAUGUUCAUAAUUAAACCGGCAAAGUGUAACAAAUCUGGCGUUCAACAAUCAAAACUGUUUCCUUCCCCUUACACAAUAUGUAGGAUGUAGAGUGAAAUUUAAACAACAAUAUGGAACAAGAUCCAAACCAACCAAGUUAACCGAUGUGUUAAAGAGGGGUGCGUAUGUGUGCGGCAGUGGUCACGGCGUUGUGAGUCAUUUUGAUCAUUCUGGGUUGAGCAAUGUGAUGUGGGACGAUCGUUCCGGAAAAAAGUAAGAAAAAACACACCUAUAUUGGCAUUGAAUGCAUUGUGAGAGACGAAUUGAGGAUAAUGGGCACAUGGUGUGGGACGAAGCAAAGCAGAAUGGCGGAUAUUCUUAGUAAAUGUAUGUACAAUACACAACACAGCGGCCACACGCACACACACAAACACGUACACUUACAGGCAGACGUAGUGUUAAUGGGUCUAGUCGUACAAUUAAUGCUUAACAAUAGAUAACUUUGUCUGGUGUAAAUGUUAUCCUUAAGAAGGUGUACCAUUUCCGAAACAAAACGGCAAGCAACUAUAUCCAAAACAGAUUCAGACAAAAAUUCACAACCAACCAAUCAAGAGAUACACCUCUGUAAUCGAUUUGACGAAACUUGGUUGUAUUUAACCGAUCGGUUUUUGCGUUCGAAUGUUUGUUCUCGAUUUAAUUCCAAUUGAGAGGGUGACGAAAGCGUUGAAUGAAAGGUGAAGCUGCACAACUGCAGCAAACGCAUGAUGAGUGAGACUAAGGUGAUGCGGGUGGGAAAGACUCUAAGCGCAAUACUAAAAAGAUCGCAAAAACAGCGUAGCAAUGUUUGAAUCUAACAGUAACAUGUUGAAGCGAGAUGGAUGCAUUUAUUUAAUUAAGAAAAAUAACAGACAGCUGAUAGAUUCGUACGCGAACACGCGGUUCACUUGACGCUUAAUGCUCGCCCUGUUGCGGUACGGUCGCAAUUGUUAGAAGCUGCUUUUAUUUCGUACAAAAUUGUGAAAGAGCUAAAAGAAAAGCAGAAAAAGCACUCAUUAUGAAAUUGAAAACAUUGUUAUGGUUUAGGAUUAGGAUAUAGUGUAUUUAUUUAUUUUUGUAUUCUUACCCCUUUCCUUGAAUUGACGGUGACGUUGAAUUGACGGUGCGUUUCGCUGAAUAAAACAGAAAUGAUCAUGACGAUGUAAACGUACGAUAA